AUGGCGUCCUCUCGCGUCCUCCAACAGAUCGCUCUUCUUCUCCUGGUAGCUGCCGCUGCCACCCACGCGGCCACCAUCACCGUCGUGAACAAGUGCUCAUACACAGUCUGGCCUGCCGCGCUCCCGGGCGGCGGCGUGCGGCUCGACCCGGGCCAGACGUGGCCUCUCACCAUGCCGGCCGGCGCCGCGGCCGCCAGGGUAUGGCCGCGCACGGGGUGCACCUUCAACGGCAGCGGGGUUGGCCGCUGCAUCACCGGCGACUGCGCCGGCAAGCUGGCCUGCGCCGUCUCCGGCGAGCAGCCGACAACAAUUGCAGAAUACACUCUGGGGAAGGACGGGGCCCCGGACUUCUUCGACCUGUCCCUCGUCGACGGGUUCAACGUGCCGAUGAGGUUCCAGCCCCUAGACGGCGCUCCGUGCCGUUCCGCCAGCUGCGCCGUGGACAUCACGAAGGAGUGCCUGCCGGAGCUGCGGGUCGCCGGAGGGUGCGCCAGCUCCUGCGGCAAGCUGGGCGGCGACACCUACUGCUGCAGGGGCCAGUUCGCGGUCAACUGCCCGCCGACCUACUACUCGAUGUUCUUCAAGAGGAAGUGCCCCGAAGCAUACAGCUACGCCAAGGACGACCAAACCAGCACAUUCACCUGCCCGACCGGAACCAACUACCAGAUCGUGCUCUGCCCUUAG